UCGUCCGGGGGCCGCCUGUCUGCCGCUGAGACUGGGGAUGCUGCUGCAGAGAUGGAGUUGAAUCACAAAAACAACAAAGUGUCGGUCGGAGUUUGAGACAAAGGGAGGGGGUUAGCGUUAGUUCUCCAACUGAACUGAUCGCCGGAUGGAUUAUUUGUUCGAAAUAAGAUAGAAGGAAAUUUAAAAAAUCAGGUCGAAAAAUGAAGCUGCUGAAGCCGAGCUGGGUGAGCCACAACGGCAAACCCAUAUUUUCAGUUGACAUCCACCCUGAUGGGACAAAAUUUGCAACUGGUGGCCAAGGAGAGGACUCUGGCAAGGUGAUGAUAUGGAACAUGGCACCAGUACUCAGAGAGGAGGAUGAGAAGAAUGAGAAUAUUCCCAAAAUGCUUUGCCAGAUGGACAAUCACCUAGCAUGUGUGAACUGUGUGCGUUGGUCCAACAAUGGGCUGUACCUGGCAUCAGGAGGAGAUGACAAGCUGGUCAUGGUGUGGAAGAGAGCUGCGUUCAUUGGUCCGAGCACAGUGUUCGGGUCAAGCAGUAAGCUGGCCAAUGUGGAGCAGUGGAGGUGUGUCACUAUCCUGAGGAACCACACAGGAGAUGUGAUGGACGUGGCGUGGUCUCCUCAUGAUGUGUGGCUGGCCUCCUGCAGCGUGGACAACACUAUCGUCAUCUGGAAUGCUCGCAAAUUUCCUGAAAUGGUGACGUGUCUGCGAGGACACACUGGGCUGGUCAAAGGUCUAACGUGGGAUCCAGUGGGGAAGUACAUCGCCUCCCAGGCCGAUGAUCACAGCCUCAAAGUGUGGAGGACAGUGGACUGGCAGAUGGAGGCUAACAUCACAAAACCGUUCAGCGAGUGUGGCGGGACGACCCACGUCCUCCGUCUGUCUUGGUCUCCUGACGGUCAGUACCUGGUAUCAGCCCAUGCCAUGAACAACUCUGGUCCCACCGCUCAGAUCGUGGAGAGAGACGGCUGGAAGACUAAUAUGGACUUUGUAGGCCACCGUAAAGCUGUCACUGUGGUGAAAUUCAACCCAAAGAUUUUUAAGAAGAAACAGAAGAACGGCAGCUCUCCAAAACCCAGCUGUCCAUAUUGCUGCUGCGCUGUUGGCAGCAAAGACCGAUCGCUCUCCGUCUGGCUGACCUCUCUGAAACGCCCUCUGGUGGUCAUCCAUGAUCUGUUUGAUAAAUCAAUCAUGGACAUUUCAUGGACCCUGACAGGUCUGGGGAUGUUGGUGUGUUCGAUGGACGGCACUGUGGCCUACCUGGACUUCUCUCUGGAUGAACUGGGAGACCCGCUGAAUGAGGAGGAGAAGAACAGCAUCCAUCAGAACAUCUACGGUAAGAGUCUGGCUAUAACCAGCACCGAGGCUCAGCUGUCCACCACCAUCAUCGAGAACCCCGAGAUGCUCAAAUAUCAGCAGGAGCGACAGAACUCGGCCCAGGCCAACUCUGGACCGGGCAGUGCUGGGCCCGAAUCCUCAGCCCCAAAACUCAACAGUGUGAUGAACGGAGAGUCUCUGGAGGAUAUCAGGAAGAACCUUCUGAAGAAGCAGGUGGAGACGAGAACCGCAGAUGGCAGAAGACGAAUCACGCCACUCUGUAUCGCUCAGCUGGACACUGGGGAUUUCUCGCCAGCUCUGUUCAACAGUGCUCCCAUCCUGCCCUCUGGCUCCUCCAUGUCCAACCAGCUCUCCUCUCAGCUCAGCUCUGACUCCAGCCCUGGACCGGCCUCUUCUCUGGGGCUCAGACCCACCCACGACCCUAUGCUCACCUCGCCUCCACCCAACAGCGCCGUCAAGGGCCUGGAGGACAACAAGGAUGGUGUGAAACCGUGUCUACUGCUCACAUCAGCCUCCAAAAUCGAACCAAUGAAAGCUUUGGACUCUAGGUUCACAGAGAGGUCAAAGGCUACACCAGGGGUCACAGCCGCCAUCUCCUCCAUUGCUGGACUCAUGCCUCUGGACAGCAGGCCAAAAGACGGCAUCUCUGCCCUGAAAGAUGUAAAAUCGAAAGAAGACACAAGUAGCGACAGCGAAGACAAGAUGGCUGCCAUCAACAAAAACCUGUCCUUUAGCAAGCGGAAACCCGAUCUGCUGAUGGACGGAGGAGAGGUGGUGGAGAAGAGGAAGAAGGGACGGCCCAGGAAAGACAAGAUGGCUGCUCCCAUUGCCCAACCCUUCACUCAGAUAACUCCUCCAGCAGAGCGGGAGCCCAGCAGGGUAGCAGCUCCUCCUGCUGCUGCUGUAGCUGCUCUCAAGCUACCAACACCAAGUAUAAAGAAGGCCUUCAGUCUGCAGGUUAGCAUGGAGCCGUCAGUGUUCCUGGAGGUGGAGAACGAGGUGACGGUGGUUGCAGGUUCAAGGCUCAGCCAGCUGCGAUGCUCCAGAGACGGACGAGACUGGAACACACUGCUGCCCAGCUCAGUGGUCACUGCUGCAGGGAGCAGUGACGUCCUCGCCGUCGCCUGUCAGGACAGGAUGUUGUCUGUUUUCUCUUCCUGUGGGAGGCGACUCCUUCCGGCCAUCCAGCUGGCCACACCUGUGUCAGCUCUGCACUGCUCCGCCCACUUCGUCAUGGUUCUGACUGCUGGAGCAACGCUGUCCGUAUGGGACGUUCAGAAACAGAAGGCUCUGGUGAAGAACGAGUCUCUGCUUACAAUUUUAUCUGGUGCUGACAUCACAGUGUCUCAGUCUCUGCUGACUCAGCAGGGCGUUCCAGUCAUUGGACUGUCCAAUGGGAAGUCUUAUUGUUUCAGCUCGUCACUGGAGACAUGGACUCUGAUAGCAGAUAAUGGAGACUCUCUAGUCCAGUGUGCUGACUUCAGGAGCUGCCUACCUACCCACGAUGCACCUGUGUCUUCAGGACCACUUGCUGUCAUGCAGGGCCGAAACCUCAAUGCUGGUCGGCUGGCAUCCCGCCUCUCGUCCACCCCCCAUCACCUGCAGCAGAGCAUGACACUGGCCUUCCUGGAGAACCAGCAGGCGGCUGCUCUGACUCUGCAGUCGGCGCAGGAGUAUCGCUACUGGCUGCUCAUCUACGCACGUUUCCUUGUCAACGAAGGCUCAGAGUAUCGCCUCAGAGAACUGUGUAAAGAGCUGCUGGGUCCCGUCCACAAAUCAGCAGCUACAGCCUGGGAGCCCACCACUCUGGGGCUACGUAAGCGGGAGUUGCUGCGGGAGGUUUUGCCCGUCAUUGGAGAAAACCUUCGAUUCCAGAGACUGUUCACCGAAUACCAGGACCAGCUGGAGCUGCUGCGCAACAAAUAACACACGCUGCUACACACACACAGACUGGCACAGACACAUACUUGGAUUCAUCAUGAAACCAGUCAGAUUCGUCCCGGCUCGGUCCGGGUGAACUCUGACUGUUUUCCUCAUCUUGGGAAGCUGGAAAUGCUGUUCUGGCUGGAGAAACACAUCCUGGGUGUUUUGUAAGAACUUAAAUAACAGCCGGUCCACAGCUUUUCAAGUGUUUGGAUUUUUCAGUGCUGUCACUCACUGGGGAGAAGUGGGUGCUUAAAUCUUUUUUUAAUCACGAUUUCAGUUUGAACUCUCGUCUUUUGUCUUUUUUUCCUGCUAAACGUGUUUUUUCUAACCUAUGCACCUCUCUCCUGCACUCCUAAUCAUGAACUUUAUAAGAUUAACUUAAGAGAGGCAGUGAUGGAAAGGUUGCAAGUUUUAUUCUUGCCACGUGCAGCAUCAUCAGCUGUGUGUCCUGUUGAAUUGCAUGUGUUUCCCUCCUCAGAGAGAAAGAAGAGGUGAGACACUUAUAAAAGAAAAAUAUAAAUCAGAGAGGAUGUAAAGGAGCAAUAUGCUUGUACCAAAGUGAUGCCUUCACACGUAGAAAUAACCACAAGCCUAAAUCUGCAAGGUGAAGGAGAUGUAGGGCGUCCAGACAAAGGUUCAACCAGGUUUUUAAAGGCUCAUGAUGAUAUUUCUUAACUGAAUCUGCCAGCGGGAGAAGUUUUGACAAUGUUGGUCUUUAAAAGUGACAACGCUAAUACCAAAAUGUGAGGUCGCAGUGGAAAAAAUGAAUACAUUUAGAUCAUCACUGGAAAUGUAAUUUAUGUACUUAAAGUACAGGGAUGGACCUCUGGGAAAUGGAGUCAGAAGGGAUCUGCGAAAAAAAGGAGUUUUGUCACUUUACAGCUGAUUCUAACCCCCCGGAGACGUUCACAGGCAAGUUGAAGAGCACUUAAAGCAGGUCAGACGUGAGAACAUAAAGAGAAGCACAGCAGCCACAUUUGUAUUUUGACUGAAUGCAAACAAAGGGAAGUCAUGAACACAAUGUCAAAAUAAUAAAGUAACAAUUAAGUUAGAUUAUCAGGUUGUAGCUACACGAGUCAAGAUGUGUGGAUAAGCCGCAUCUUGAUCCUCAACUACUGACGACAUCGAUACAAGCCGUCGAUCAUAGACAUCAUCUUGAAAUCAUGUCACUAAUUGUUCAACACAGUGAAUAUGUUUUUUUUUACUGUAAUUUCAUCAGCACCUCUAAAAUCAAGAUAAUCAAAUAUUUUGAAGCUGUUCUGUCAACCACGGAUUUAUCGUGUGCUUACAAAAUCUGUGAUGUGUUGGAUGAAGGAUUUUAGUACCAAACUCAGUCUUCAGGCAGGUCUCAUCCUCUCUCAUGACAUCUCAGAUUAUAUUAUAUUUACUGAAAACCUUUAGCGUAGUCUCCGGCCUGUCUGCAAGAAAACACCCAAAAGUGCAAGAAGACAAUUCUUUUCAUUUUACUUUUCAUUUCAUCUUCUGACCUGCAGGUUUUUGAACUUUUUACCACCGUAACAUCCAAAUAGAUAAAGUGUAAAUAUCAGUAGCUGCUCAAGAAAUAACGUGCUGAUGUCAUCCUUCCUGGGCUCCAGUGUCUUGUACUUUGUAUUUUCAAAUCUCCAAGGUAUAUCAGUAAAUAAUUAUGUGUGUCAAACGGGCCUCCAAGUAAUCAAGACAAAAGGUUUUCUCUUCACAAACACUAUCAACUUCGCUCACAACAUCCGGUGCAGCUUUUUUACUCAAUAAGUCCAACAGUAAUAGUUUCUCAAUCACACAGGUGAUUCUUGGUUUGUCUUACUGUUCUUGAAAUCAUGUGAACAUUUAAUCAGACCGGGCAGAGGUCAGAGAGGCCCAGUGGAGACAUGUUAUAUAUAUUAUUUGGUCUGUUUCACUUCUUGUGUCUUUUGUAAAUAACCAGAGUCUCUUUGCUGAAAAGUACAUUUAUCGCCGCAAAACCACUGCAAAGACAUCUGUUCUUCUGGACUGAGACGGGAAAAGUACUUUUUUUGUGUGUGUGUCUGACAUCCAUAAACUUGACAUUUUAACAGGUUUCAAAGGUUGUGAAACCCAACAACACCUCAAUUUCAAGAGAAAAGUACUUGUGUUUAGCCUUUUUGUCUAUAGCAGCAGUAAUGCACUCCUCUGCCAAUUCAGUGUGUGUAUAUAAAUGGAGAGCAUGAGCUUUGGAAGCUUGUUUACUGCUGUAAUUCACUGCACAGUGUGAAUAGCAGCACUGAGGCAGAAUGAAUCCUUUCUUUACUAAUCUGUACAGCAUUUCUUUCUUUUUUUUGUUUGUUCUUUUGCUGUUAGUCAUUUUUAAAUGUUUGUACAAGGCAAAAGUUUUGUUUCCAUUUUCUAUAAGAAAAAGAAAAAAAUGAGCGGAGACAAGCUGAAAUUUUGCUUUUGGAGAAAGAAAGUGAAAAAUAAACAAAUGAGGAACCAU